AUGGCCUUUGCAGCCUCCCUCGUUGAGCUCCAAGCAGAGGCCAGCUGCCCCAUCUGCCUGGAUUACCUGAGAGACCCAGUGACCAUUGAGUGUGGACACAAUCUCUGUUGCUCCUGCAUCGACCAGCGCUGGGAAGAUCUCAAGGACAUUUUUCCCUGUCCUGUCUGCCUGCACCACUGCUGUGAAAGGAACUUCAGGAGGAACACUCAAUUGUGUCACAUAACUGAUAUUCUUAAGCAGAUUCCCACCACAGGGAGCCAGAGGGAAUUGAAGGAGGAAAAACCCCUGUGUGUGAAGCACCAUGAGGUUCUGACCCUGUUCUGUGAGGAGGACCUGGAGCUGUUGUGUCCCCAGUGCAGGGUCUCGUCAGACUACCAGGAUCGGUCCCUGCUACCCAUUGAGGAAGCUGCUGCUGGUAACAGGAGGAAGCUCAAAAGGUAUGUUGAGCGCUUGAGUGUGGAGAUUAAAGAUGCAGAAAUGGGAUAUGAUUAUCAAGCUGCAAAAGCUUUGCAAGUGAUGAGGAAGAUGGAAUAUUGGAAGAGAGAAUUACGCUAUGAAUGUAAGGAACUUAAGGGUUCCUUGGAAACAGAGCAAGAUGAACUUAAUUCCAUUUACUUAUGGAAGAGAAGGACAUAGAAGGAAAACUAA